UAAAGCACCAACAUGUCUGCCGAAGUAGCAGAAGUUCAACUUCAAGUGCGGUUUAUAACCAAACAAGAACAAUAUGCUGUACCAGACAGUCCAUAUGCAAUUCAAAGCAACGUCCAAGUAGCAGAUUUGAAUACUUUGAUUAAUGCUUUGUUAAAAGAGACCAAUCCAUCAUUAGAGAAGGCUGUCGAGUUUGAUUUCCUAGUAUGUGGGGAAUUGUUGUGUUCGUCGCUCUCAGAACACCUGCAGGAGAAAGGAGCGUCGACAGAAGAUACAUUGGAGAUAGAAUAUCUUGAAAGAUUCCCUGCACCAGCACCACAGGACUGUUUGAUGCAUGAUGACUGGGUAUCUUCAGUGCAUUCACAUACAAACUGGAUAUUGUCUGGUUGCUAUGACAACAGCAUUCAUAUUUGGAGCACUAAGGGUCAACAUAAACUGGCCAUACCUGGCCACACAUCUCCAGUUAAAGCGGUUUCUUGGGUUUCCUUGGAUGCUGAUCAGGCAGUUUUUGUCAGUGGAUCUCAUGAUCAGUCGGCCAUGUUAUGGGUUUGGAAUGUUCCUCGUAAUUCCGUUGACUGUGUAGUGACUUGCCGUGGUCAUGAGAAGGGUAUUGAGUGUCUUGCAGUAUCAGCUGAUGCUAGCCGCUUUGCAACUGGCAGCUGGGAUAACAAUGUCAACUUGUGGAGUACCAGUCUAGCAGAGGAAGAGAAUGUUCCUGCAAAGAAAAAAAGUAAACCAGAACAUGGGAAAGCUAGGGAGCCACUAACCACAUUGAAAGGUCAUCGAGAAGCAGUGUCAGGUGUACAAUGGAUGGAUUACAACACAGUACUGUCUAGUGGAUGGGACCAUCUGUUGAAACUUUGGGACUGCGAAUUAGGCGGCAUCAAGCAGGAAAUUGCUGGCAAUAAAGCAUUCUUCGACGCGGACUGGUCUCCACUAAACAACAGCAUCAUCACGGCAUCAGCUGACCGACACAUUCGUCUCUAUGAUCCAAGAUCCACAGAGAGUAUUGUCAAAACCACAUUCACUUCGCACACGGGUUGGGUGCAGUCCGUCCGUUGGUCUAAAACGCGAGACACCUUGUUCCUGUCUGCUGGUUACGAUGGUCAAGUUAAACUAUGGGAGACUCGAAGUCCACGUACACCUCUUUACGACUUGAGCGGACACGAAGACAAAGUGCUAUGCUGUGAUUGGUCGAACCCUUCGUUGCUGGUCAGCGGAUCCUGUGACAACACGCUUAGAAUAUUCAAAGCGAAACACUACCAAACUGCGUGAAAGGUUAACCUUGUAUGAAGUGACCAACCAACACCUAAUAGUGUUCGAACAUUUUGACGUUUU